AAAAUAAUAAGUAAAUUCAAAAGCAUGUUUUGUGAAGAAAUGCAGUUGUAUUUUUUAAUAAAAGAUUUGUACUAAUAAAUCUAAUUCAAUUUAAUCCACUUGCGAGUAACCUGCGGCUCUUGUUUAAAUUUUCUGUUUCGUCACAAACCGUGAGGUCGAACCAACAACGUAUGUAUAUGUAUAUGCUUUUUUCUCAAGAAUCGUUAACCUAUUUAAAAUUGUUCCUGUUCGCAGUUUUUAAACAAACAACAUCUGAAGCAAUCUAGGUUAAAAUCAGAACAGUGGCCGUGGUUUAACAACGGUGUUAUUGAUAUUUUCCCUACAAUAUUGCGGAGAAAAUCGUUAUAUAAGAAACAGCACCAGCCAUUUAGGUCGGGUAUGCAUGGAAAACAGAACGAAUUUCACACUGCUGAUGACAAAAUCCAUAAUUUCUAGCGGAUACACUAUGAUGCACACAAAAUAACUCGGGGAAAAGCGGAGAGAAACGUUGCAGGUUGAGUGAGUUUCUAUCCCCACCCCCCUUUUUUAUCAGCGAAGUAGUGUCAUUGCAUCGCGUUCGGAGGGCCAUGUCGGUUGUAAUAGAGUGAAAAUGAUUGUCCAGAAUUUGAUAUAAAUUCGUGUUAAUGACAUUGUGACGCGCAGUGUAAAAUCGAGACAAUGACAACUGAUGGAUUGUCAGAAUAGCUUGGAGACAGGUGCGAGCGGCGAACCUAUGUAGGAAAAUCUAUUGUCUUUGUGGAAAACUCUAACGUCAUGUGAUUUCAACGGCUUAUCGAGUAGUAGCACUCACUGCAACUAGUGUAUACGAAUAGAUGUAAAACUCUCGUGCACCUGAGAGGUUUGUCAAAGCGCGCGCUCGCGUGCAGAUUGGACGUAUUUGUAAAUAGGAAAUGGGCGAUAUAUGUAUUAUUAAUCGAGUCGUAUAUUGGAUGAGCGCUGGGAGGAAAAAUUAACUGGUAAUGUUAAAUAUAUACACCUAUCGUUUCACAUCGAUCGGGUUUGGCUGCUGGAUUUAACAUAAAUUAAAGGAUUGAAAGGAUCGCCAUUCCUAUUUAAGAGAGGACAUGUGCCAGAAUUCGAAUUUUAUUAAAAUUUUCUUGAGAAAUUGCAUCUGAUCAUGGAACAUUUUUAACCUGCGCUUUAAGUUGGCGCGUGGAAAUCGACAACCUGUUGCUAACAUUUUAUGUCUAAGUUUUACGCUUCUUAACUAUCUGUUAUCUUUAACUUAUAGUGCUGAACAAAAACUCAUGUUUGAUAUAAUUGAUGGAUGUUUUUCAUAAUUUGUCAUGAUGUUGAGGAAAAAAUUGCCAGAAAUUACAAUUGCCUAAGAAUUCUACCGCUCUUUCCUUCCUUCACACUUAAAAAAAUUGCAGUGCGUUGUAUUGCAGUAAAAUCAGAUUGUGGACAUGCAGAAAGGCAUUCGGUUCAACGAAACCCAACUGCAAUACCUAGCAGCUAAGUCCCGCAGAGAGAACACCAUUUCCGGGUACCUGCACAAGCGCAGUAGCGACACCGGAAAAUGGCAACUUCGCUACUUUGUAUUGUACCAAAAUCUACUGUUCCACUUUGAGAGUGAAUCUGCUCAAAAACUGUCUGGAGCGACCCUUUUGGAAGGAAGUUACUGUGAAAGAGUCCUGAAUCCCGCGGCACUAAAAGCGGUGAAGGAUACCGAAAAACAGAGUCUCCCGAAACACUGGGCUGGGAUUUUUCACAAACUAGAGUAUUGUUUUACAAUUACCUACAAGAGCCAAAAAAAUGAGGUAACUCGACAGAUCGACUUCCGCACAGACACAGAAGCAGAGUGCAAUGCAUGGAUUGACCACAUCAAACGAGCACCGUAUAGUAAAGUCUUGGAACAGAGAGAAGAAUUGGAACAGAAGCACCUGCAUCUCCUUCAGAUUCUGGACAGUGAAAGACAGGCCAAGUGGCACUAUGUCCAACAGACUGAGGAGCUGGCCACAUCGGUUAAGGAGCUUAGGACUGAGCUUCAAAAGUAUAAAAAGGAGAGAUUUUCUACACACAAGGUAGAGGAGGAGACAGAUGAGAUUAAGAAAAUCAAAAAGGUUCAGAGUUUUUUCCGUGGAUGGUUGUGUAGGAGAAGGUGGAAACAGAUUGUGGAGCUGUACAUCCGUUCUCCACAUGCCGAAAGCAUGCGUAAGCGGAACAGCAUUGUGUUCAGUAUGGUGGAAUGUGAGGAGGAGUACAAUCGACAGCUUUCCACUCUUGUCACAUGUUUCCUCCGCCCACUCAGAAUGGCUGCAUCAUCCAAAAAACCACCCAUCUCUCACGAGGAUGUCAACUCCAUUUUCUUAAACAGUGAGACCCUGCUCUUCUUACAUCAAAUUUUCUUGAAAGGAUUAUGUGCUCGACUAGAAAACUGGCCCACCUUAGUUCUUGGUGAUCUGUUUGACAUGCUACUGCCAAUGUUGUGUAUAUACCAGGAGUAUGUUAGAAAUCAUCAUUACAGUCUACAGGUUCUCGCAGAAUAUAAACAACGACCAGAAUUUAACUUACUUCUCAAACGCUACGAAGAAAAACCAAUGUGUGAGACCCGGACCCUGGAGAUAUUUCUUACAUAUCCUAUGCAUCAGAUUCCUCGCUACAUCAUCACCCUCCACGAGUUACUGGCCCACACCCCACAUGACCAUGUGGAGCGAAAGAGCCUGGAAUUUGCCAAGAGUAAGCUUGAGGAACUGUCUAGGAUUAUGCAUGAUGAAGUCAGUGAAACGGAGAACAUCAGGAAGAACCUGUCGAUUGAGCGAAUGAUCAUUGAAGGCUGUGACAUUCUGUUGGAUGUGAACCAGACAUUUGUCAGACAAGGUCCCCUAAUCCAGGUGUUUAACGAGAAGAGCAAAUCAAGCUGGAGCCGCAUCAAGGAUAGGAGAGAAAAGGAAGUCAUAUGUCAGGUUUUUCUCUUCACCAAUCAUAUGCUUCUGACAACCAGGGCAUCAAAUGGCAGGCUUCAUUUAGCCAAAAUAUUGCCCAAAAGGCAGCACUAUGGGAAGAUUCCCCUUAUUGACUGUACAUUGAUAGAAGACCCAGGAGCAGAACCCUUUAUAAAUGAUCCAGACACGUCUUCAUUAGAUUCAAUAGAGAGUAUCCGAAGCACAGGAUCGGUGAACACCCUAAUUCAACCUAGUGAAAAAGAAACCCGCACCGAUUACAAUGGACUAGAUUUUAAAAUUAUAGUGGAUUCCAAGAGUGGAAACGGGACAACAAUUACUUUAGUGGCAGCCACCCGUCAGGAAAAACUGGCGUGGUGCUCGGACAUCAGUCAGUGUAUAGAAGAUAUCCACUACAGCGAUCUCCUUAACACCUCAAUGAGUGAGUCAUCGUCAGUCACCAUGCCUCAGUCUGUCAGAUACAUCCACAGCACUCAGAUAUGGUCGGAUCGAAGACUAUUUCUGGAUGAUGUGGAUAUCAAAUUCAGUAGGACACUAAACUCGUGUAAAGUGCCUCAAAUUCGACAUGCUAGUGUAGAGCGUCUCUUGGACCGCCUCACUGACCUCAGGUUUUUAAGCAUCGACUUCCUGAACACAUUUCUUCUGACCUAUCGGGUGUUUACUGAUGGCAAAACAGUUUUGGAGGCACUGAAGCGAGUCUACAAAAAUCCGGAGAGUGGAAAUCUGGAGUCCUCUCUCUCCUCAUGUCAGUCACAAUCAGAAACCAAUUUGUAUGGAGAAGGCAGUCCACCACAAGACAUUUCUGGUGAAUUGCCAAAGAACAUCAGUCACUUAGUGAAACCAAGUCCUGAAAACAGAAGGAUCAGCACUGGUUGUAUGACAAUAUAUGAAAGCAGGCUUCCCAAGUUAACACAGGAAUCAUUUGCUGAAUCAGAGGAGGAAUCUUCCGGAGACACAGGUGAAAGUGAUGAUGGCCCCGAUACAUCUGGUCUUGUUCUCCCAGGGGUCACGACCUUGACUCCAUUAGGAAUACCAGGGGUCACGACCUUGGCUCCAUUGGCCAUAUCGGAAAACUUGUCUGAACAUGAUAUCCAAGGAAUCAUUUUACCAGACUCGCUGCAUGGGGAAUCCUCAGCAGACAAUUUUGAUGAGCUGUACAAGCCGGAAACUCCUAUUGCCGCAACCUCUGUCUCUUCUAGUAGCUCCUACACCCUGAAAUCCACAACCAGCUCGGAUACUCUGACUCCAAGGACAAGUCCCAAACCCUCUCCAAGGAUUAGUCCCAGGGUGGUGGUGAAUGACCAAUCAAGUCAGACCAAUGGCGUGAGAACACCGAGCCCCCGACCAAGCAUCAAGAUCGGCUUCUCUGGAGAAUCCUUGCUGGAGUCUUUGUCUCAGAUUGUUUCUCCGACUUCACCCAAAAGUAUCUCAUCCAAACCAAUCCGCAUUCCUUCUCCAUCAUCCAGGAGUGGGCCAACCUCUCCAACCUUUAACCUUCCUUCCUCUCCACUCCAUGGUCGGAUGUCUCCAUUACUGAGACACACCCCUCGAUCUCCGAGUCUCAGCCCCAAGCAUCCGCGAAGGAUGCCGUCUCCCAUGAGUCCCAGUAUGUCCUCACCAAAUAUCAUGACGCCACACAAAAUCAAGCAACCAUUCCUUGGAACUCGCGGAAGCCUGGAGGCCGAAUCGCUCAUCACAAACACCCGAAGCAGUAGCCUGGUGUCCCAAAUAGAGGGAUCCCCACCCUCAGCAAAGGCGGGCGUUGUGGUCAGUUCUCAUCGCAAAUCAAAGAGAAGAGCUACCUGGACCAGUUUUAGUCCAAUGUUUUGGUCCAGUUCAUCAGCAGCAGUGGCUGCUUUUGCUGCAGCAACAGCUGGAUCAGUCAACUCCCAGGACCAACAACCAGCACAAGGUCGUCUGCAGCAGGUCUCCGUGGCGACUAACAGCCAGCAGACGGCUCAGCAGAAACAUUCACAAUCUUCACCUCGCUUCUUAACAUCAGAACAAUCAAGUCGAGUGGGAAAGAAACGGGAAUCAGUGAUAAGCACUGCUGCAACAAUGAGGGUCCUUAACAUCAUCAAACAUUGGGUGUCUAAACAUCAGCAGGAUUUUGAGUGUGAUAAGGAGCUAAAAGCGGCAGUUGUGGACAUGCUGCAGGAAAUGGCCUGUAACACAAUGCUGAACCCUGCAGAGCACAAGGUAGCUUUGUCCCUGCUGAGAACGAUAGCAAAGGACUCAGCAGAGCAGAAACACAAGGUGGAUCUGGAGAAACUGUUACAAGCACCAGAGGUUUCUACAAAGGAAAACUUUGAUACUUUGUCAGCAAUGGACAUUGCAGAGCAGCUGACCUAUCUUGACCACAAAAUUUUCAUCAGCAUACGUAGCGAGGAGUUACUAGGCCAGGCCUGGAUGAAAGGGGAAAAGUCCACCAAAGCUCCUCAUGUCUUGUUGGUCAGCAAACGAUUUAAUGAGGUCAGCCGUAUGGUUGUAUCAGAAAUAGUGAAACGCUCUGUGCUUCACGAGCGAGUGGCAUGUAUAGAGAAGUGGGCGGCCAUUGCUGACAUCUGUCGAUGCAUGAACAACUACAAUGGUGUUCUCCAGAUUUGUGCUGCAUUUGUCAACAGUUCCGUGUAUCGAAUGAAAAAGACGUGGGAGAAAAUUCCCAAAUCUACCAAGCAAACGAUAGAGAAGCUGCAGGAUUUAGUGUCUUCCAAUGGAAGAUUCAAAAACAUGAGGGAUGCACUGCAUAGAUGUGACCCUCCCUGUAUCCCCUACCUCGGCAUGUAUUUGACAGAUUUGUCAAUCAUUGAGGAAGGCAUCCCUGGAAAUACUGAUGAAGGACUUGUCAACUUCUCAAAAAUGAGAACGAUAGCUCAUGUGAUUAGAGAGAUUCGACUUUUUCAACAAACACCUUACAAAAUAGAACACAUUCCCAGAGUAACUAACUACCUGCUGGACACGAACCGUCUCCUUGACGAUGACCAAACAUACCGAGCUUCCCUGGAGAUCGAACCCAAGCAAUCUCGUUUGUCCAAUGUCUCACUCAAUCCGUCCUGACGGAUGAGUUUCUUCGGGACUUCUGUUGGAAACAGUUGAAGGCUUUUGCUGGGAACCACGAAUCCCUCUCAAACGACCCAUUCCAAACUCUCAGCACUGUGGUUGUCAAGACACCCCAUACGUAAUGGAGAAAACAUCGAAGAUUGGAUCUAGCUGUUGUCGAUUUAGAAAGUUUACAUUAAAGCUUUUCAGAAUGCAUUUUGAUUGUUGAAUUAAGCCGUGCUUUAACAUUCAGCAAGUUUAUAUGACAUCAUCUGUUGGUACAAAAACCGGUGACUUUCCAAUUAUGACUGCAAUACCACACUACAGAGCAAAACCCACAAAUUUUAGAAGUCUGGAUAACGUUCUCCCAGUAACCAGUAUUCUGCACUGAUCAGCUUAAAAAUCACCAUGGAAAUGCAUCUUUGUAAAGCAGAAGGAAAGAGGAAUAUCCGAGAUUUAAUAUUGACAGCAUGUAUUGCCAUAUCUGGGAAAAAGCUAGUUUGUUGUGUUUAAGCAGUGAUCUCAUUUAAACUUUUGACAUUCUGUGCCAUGGUGGAGAGACACGGCAUCUGUGUGUCUUUGUUAAGGCUGUAGUUAACCUGGUGUUGUCAUGUCAUUAUAGUGGAACUCAAUAUUCUAUUUAUAUAUUUUAUAUCUAUCAUAGCUGAUGUUGACACUGCAUACAAAGAGGAAUAAGCUGCUUUUAUUGAAAGCAACGCCCAGUCGAAUUUGUUUGUUUUUUUAAAGACUCACAGAUGUUAAAAUGAUAAGGGCACUUUGGACUUUUUAAUAAGGCACAUGAAUCUUUUGUGUACAUUCACACAGAUUUAAGAUUGUUUUAUUCACAUUACAGUGAUCUAUUCAAUGUGAACAUGCAUCAAGAUGAAAUUGAUUUGAUUUUUUUCAGGUAAAAGAUAUUGUCAUAGUAACAUAGUUUUUUUCUUAUUAAGGAAUUAAUUAUUUUUUUCACUGAAUAUGAAACUAUAUUCUGUUGUGGAAGUGUAUGUUUUGCCACUGAAUUUGAAACUAUAUUCUCUUGUGGGAGUUUACAUUUUGCCACUGAAUAUGGAACUAUUUUCUGUUGUGGAAGUUAACAUUCCAGUAUUAGGAUAGACAUGAACCACACAUUUGUUGGACCAAUCAUUUUUUAUUAUUUACCCACAAUUCCUUGUCUCUAUUAUCUUAGACUGUAUGAGAGUUGGUUGUUGUUGAUAUCAGUGAUGGUUUUGUGUAUGUGUGUAUAUACAGUUGAACUUCGGUAUUUCGAACAUCGAUAUCUUCAACACCAUGGAUAUGUCGGAGUGAGUUGGAAGCCCCAGUUAAAUUUUCUUUAUGUAUUUUAACCCCAAUAUCUCUAACCCUCAAAUAUCUCAAUGUUUUUUCUCGGCCCUAUUACAAGGUUUGACUGUACAUACACACACUCGCCACUGUGAUCUCAGUUCAUACUUAUAGAAAGUAAAGGCAAGAAACAAUGAUAUAGAUUAUUUGUAUUUUCUCUGCAUUUAGUGUUACUCAAUUGUCUUGAACUGCAUUCAAUCAAAACAGGCUUGAAAUAUACAUGUGCAAAUUAUAGAUGCUAUAAAUGUAAUUAUCAUUUAAAGAGAUUUUUUUGUUAAACAAGAGAUGUAAUUUGCAUUUGAUUCCAAAGAAGUUUUUUUAAAUAGAGAAUUAUUAAAGUGUACAGAUUUUUCCUGUUGGUAAAUAGCAACUUUUAUGAAUUUUACUGAAUAUUGAUGCCAAGUUGUAAAAAUCACACCAUUUAAGAGAAAUAGCUGAUAAGGGCCAAAUUUGGCCCUUAAAAUGUGAGAGAUUCCAAAUUUUAUACUUUUCUAACUUCAAUACUUUUGGGACAAAACCAUAAUAUUUUACAACCAAUUUAGCUAUACUUCUUGUAAUUUGUCAAGACCAUUAAGUGCUACUUUUUUUAUUUUAAAAGCAUAGAGGAACUUUGUGAUGAGAUUACUAUUUUUACCAUUGGCAUAUCUUUGAAAGAUACAUGUACUGUAACAAUAGAAUUUUGUCAACUGCUCUCUGCAGAAAGGAAAAUGGUACAAAAAUAUGCUCUUCUCCAUCUUAUGUUAGAAAGUCUGGGAAAGUCCAAGUAUGAGUUUGAUAAUAUAACCAAAUUGAAAGUCAGAUUAUGGGGCCAAAUUAAGCCCCUGUCGUAUGUAGUCCUUUGAUUCCUAUUAGCAAUGUAGUGAAAUUCAGGUUUUUUUUAUCGCUUUGACAAUGGCUUAUGAUGGUAAACAUUUAAGAAUAAUUUUGAUCUCUGCUUUUCAUUAUAUAUGAAAUACCUUUAACUUUGGGGUUUUUUUUGGCAUAUAACAUUUCAAUGCUAAGUAGAAUUUUGAUUAUUAUAGUCUGGUUGGUUAGAUUGUUUAACUGAACAUCUUUAUUAAGAGACUGUAAUGAAGUUGGGAAAGAAGUAGGGACUUUUAAAAGACCAAUUUAUUCUGGUUCAUAAGUCAGAAACUUUUGUCGAAUCUAAACGAAAACUUCAAUUUGCAUAAAUUGACAACACAAUAUCUCAAUGUUAUGUCAUUUGAAAUGUUCAAAAUUCUAACAUUAUGUCACACCAUCAUAGUACCAGAAUAAUAUUUUCCACAAUAUUGAUCACAUAUUGAUUAAUAAAAUAUCUUGAUUUCAUUUUGGUACUAUUAUUGGUAUUAACUUUCAAAUAUUAGAGACAUUUUUUGCUAAUUUUGAAGAAAGACACCAAUUUGCAACAUGAUGAAACAUUUUAUUUAUGUUGAUCACCGAAGGAAAGAGUACAGGAAAACAUGGUUACAGUGAACACGCUUAUAAUGAAUUCACACUUACAGUAAAACACGGUUACAACAAACACGCUUAUAAUGAAUUCACACUUACAGUAAAACAUGGUUACAGAGAACACACUUAUAAUGAAUUCACACUUACAUUAAAACAUGGUUACAGAGAACACACUUAUAAUGAAUUCACACUUACAGUAAAACACGGUUACAGUGAACACGCUUAUAAUGAAUUCACACUUACAGUAAAACACGGUUACAGAAAACACGCUUAUAAUGAAUUCACACUUACAGUAAAACAUGGUUACAGUGAACACACUUAUAAUGAAUUCACACUUACAGUAAAACAUGGUUACAGUGAACACACUUAUAAUGAAUUCACACUUACAGUAAAACACGGUUACAGAGAACACACUUAUAAUGAAUUCACACUUACAAUAAAACACGGUUACAGUGAACAUGCUUAUAAUGAAUUCACACUUACAGUAAAACACGGUUACAUCAAACACACUUAUAAUGAAUUCACACUUACAGUAAAACACGGUUACAGAGAACACACUAAUAAUGAAUUCACACUUACAGUAAAACACGGUUACAGAGAACACACUAAUAAUGAAUUCACACUUACAGUAAAACACGGUUACAACAAACACGCUUAUAAUGAAUUCACACUUACAGUAAAACAUGGUUACAGUGAACAUACUUAUAAUGAAUUCACACUUACAGUAAAACACGGUUACAGAGAACACACUAAUAAUGAAUUCACACUUACAGUAAAACACGGUUACAACAAACACACUUAUAAUGAAUUCACACUUACAGUAAAACACGGUUACAUCAAACACAUUUUUAAUGAAUUCAUGCUUACAGUAAAACACAGUUACAGAGAACACGCUUAUAAUGAAUUUAUACUUACAGUAAAACAUGGUUACAGCAAACACACUUAUAAUGAAUUCACACUUGCAGUAAAACACGGUUACAGAGAACACACUUAUAAUGAAUUCACACUUACAGUAUAACAUGGUUACAGAGAACACGCUUAUAAUGAAUUCACACUUGCAGUGAAACAAGGUUACAGUGAACACUAGCUGCAAUAAUGUAGCCCAAUCCAAUUUUUUUUUUAUUCUGACGUUUUCGGGAUAGGGCUACAAUUCCAUAGGAUCUCCGUAAUGGUGCAAAAUAAUUUUAUGAAUAACCGAUAAUAAACUCUGUGUAUUAGUCCCAAAUGUUGUUUACACCAAAAGGAGUACCAACUUUGUGCUCGGGCAUGUCUAAUAAAGGUGUUUUUCAUUAAAUAUAAUGUACAGCAUGCAAAAUUCUUCGUCUGCUCCGCCAUGCUUGUUAUCGCGAGAUCUCGUAGGUGGAUCUAAUGAAAAGCCUAAACAUUGACAAUCAGCGCGAAAAUGUAGUUACUCGAGCCACUUCGACAAAGGAAAGAAAAUCAUAUUGUUGCAGAAAGAAUUUACACUCUGCUGUUCGGUUUUUAACUUGAUAUUAAAUUCAAACCUUCUCAAUACCGACGAAAUAGCUUUCGCCUCCAUACUUGUCCAUUGAUGUAAAUACCACCUUAUAUGGCAUAUGCAAAUGACUUGACAACCGGAAGUUGAAACUUCAGUACAUCAAACAUGGCGCAUAAAUAUGAAUCGAGAAACUGGAAUUUAUCGAAAUUGUUGAAAACGGUAGAAUAGAGCCUCACAAAUCUAAAGUUGCAGGUUGUAAAUUUAUAUAUUGACUAAGAAACAUAGAAUAUCAUUUUAUUUACGUAAAGAAAGUCAGGAAAUGUUUAGAAUGAGCGCAAAUGUUGCGGGAGUGAAUCACUCCCGCAUUUGCACCAUUACGGAGAUCCUAAGGAGUUGUAGCCCUCUCCCUUAAAAAAAAAAAAAAUAAAAAAAUAAAAAUCAGAGAGGGCUACAUUAUUGCAGCUAAGUGAACACACUUAUAAUGAAUUCACACUUACAGUAGAACAUUGUUAUAAAAGAAUCUGCACUUACAGUGAAACACAGUUACAGCAAACACUCGUAUAAUGAAUUCACGCCUACAGAUAAGUGAUUUUCAUUCCCUGUAGUUUUAUAACAUGUUGAAAACUUAAAUAAUUACAUUUAUAGCGAAUCAAAAUUCUUCGUCGCCAGCACUUUGCUAUAAACAUGUUUUACUGUAUAAUAGGAAAUUUACAGUAUAAUAUGAAACCAACAUCUUUUAGUUUUCUUGAACAAUCGGGGGCCAGUUACAGCCCUUGGCUAUCACAGAGAUUGGUAUUAGACCUUUGUUAACAGCACAAAAUUUAGCAAGACUCAAGACAGAACUUAAGAAAGAAUUAAAGGAUGAAAUAAAGACAUGGUGCUUCCCGGGAAUUAUCACAAUUUUAUACAAGAAUGCUACGUAUACACAUUGGUACAGCACCAGACAAUUGCUAGAAAUUUCAAAGGGACACUACUAAUAGUUUUUGAAAUAUUUUUUUUAUCUUUUUAUUGUAUUGAUGAAAAUUAAUGAAAGUUAAAACAUUUGAACAAAAAAUAAAGUUACGUAUAUUUAGCAUAGAAUGCAUGAAAAUUGUAUACAACCUUGUUAACUUGAUUUGUCAUUGUUGUGCUUUUUCUUUAGCCCUUCCGGAAGCAGCCUACAACAUGAGUUGAGUGAAUGUAUCUUUUUUCUAUCUGACAUGGCAAUGUUAUUCUCUGAAUGUUCCCUGUAAAAUGUUACUAUAUAUAUACUAUUAAAUUCUUCCUUUACAAAAACAUUGGGUCAUACUUCUAGCACAACUAGUUAUAUAAACUAGGAAUUAAGGGAGUGCACCCUAGCUAGAAUGAGCAAUUCAAUGGGAUUUGCAAUCCAGAACAAAUCAAGAUUUAAAUUAAGAAAAUGGUGUGUGAUUUUUCCUCUUUUCAGAGGAAAUCCCGAUUGGCUCAACUUUCUAAAAAGAAAAAAACAUGAGACACUUUGGGGUGUUUUCUUUUUUUUUAAACCAGUUUUCCUCCGAUUUCUGAGGAACUCAGUUACAGCCCUGAAAUUUAUAUUGCACAAUCAAGAUUUAAGAAAAGGGCUGAUUUGGAAAAGCAGGAAUUCCGGAUUCUAUAAAUAAACUCACUACAUGGCAGUUGCAAAAUAAGUGUUGUACAUAUGUAUCGCCACAUUAUCCCAAUAGAGGCUUGUAUACAGUGGAAUCUUCAUUGACUUUUAGGUUGCCCUUGCCCACGAAUUUACAUCCCCCCAAACAUUAAUACAAAAUUUAAAGUUUCUGAAUAAGCUAGGUAUAUGUAUCUCUAGAUAAUGAUAUUUAAUAGUCACUCUAUUGAUUUUAAAAAGACAAUAUUUGAGUUCUUCAUUCUCAAAAAAUAGUUAACUGAACACAAUUAUUAUAAUGUAUAUACAAUGUAAAUAUGAGCAGCGUCCCAUUGUCAUGAUUAUAAUCAAAUUAGUAUGCGUGUUCCAAAGGUUCGAUUUCAAAUGGAAACGGACCCUAGUUAUUAAAACGGGUAGCAGCUGUUCCUUCGCCAAGUGCUUGAAAUUGGAAGUGAAGGGUGGGGUUCUUUCAGACAAGACCAUGACGAGUGCCACAAACAAUACAGCAUUCGCUCGUUGUCUUGAUAUCUGUUUCCAUGUGAGAAAAUGUACAGAAAACUAUUUGCAUCAAUCGAGUUGAAAUGUAAACCGAUUAUGUAUUUCUCUUAGGUUGUGACAAAACUUCAGGGCAAUAUCUGUAUUCAUAAUGGAAAAAAAAUCUGGAAAACAAAAACAAGGUUUUUCUACUAAGUGAUACUACAACUUUGACCUUGAGAAAUAAUAGGCAUCCUCCGCUUGGCAUAAGGUGUAUGUGUACCAAGUUUGACGGUCUUAAACCAACGAUUUGGUCUAUCCUGCCUACAAGGUUUUCCUAAAAAGUGAUACAACUUCGACCUCUGACCUUAAAGAACAAAGGCGUCCUCCACUUGGCAUGAGGAGUAUGUGUACUAAGUUUGAUGGUCCUAGCCCCAAUAGUGCCUACAAGGACCCUGGAAAAACAUUUGGCAUUUUCCUCUCAAAGUGAUUAAAUGUACCAAGUUGUAAGUUCAGUAUGUAUUCUGCCUACAAGGUUUUUCUUGUAACGGAUACCUUGACCUAAAGAACCAAUUGGCAUCUUCCUCUCAUCAUGGUGGUCAAAUGUACCAAGUUAGAAGAUGCCCCAAACGGACUGCCAAUACCAUAAUACAUCCAGUCUUUGACAGGCAUUUAAAAUCCAAGGUCCUGUGUCAGUAUGCACUGGCAUGGAAGUGACCCCAAGAUAUAAUGACCACCUUUUCCCUCAUUAUCUCCCCUUGAAAGUGGGUGGACCCAUUUGAAUGAACAUAAUCAUGACAGUUUGAGCGAAAAAUUUUCAAAUUAAUGUUUUGAUUGCUUAACUAAGGUAUUUCUAAUAGUCAAAAAAAAAAUUGAAUAUCGGUUGUUGAGGUAUAUGCGAGAUACAGCUCACAAUUCUUUGUUAUGUAAACAAGGCUCGUGCCAUGUUUUUGUUUACAUAGGUUACAUAUACUAGUAACUGUUUCGUUUAAAGCAUAUAUUUUCAAUUUACAAGUUAAUUCUGAACACAAUUAAAUAGUUUUUAGCGUUUGGCACAUCUAAUUUUGUUUUAAACAUGCUGUGUUCUAUUAAGCAAUCUAUAUAUAUGUAAACAAAAAUAUGACACAAGCUUUCUUUACAUAACAAAUUGCGAGUGCUGUAUCUCACUUAUAACUCAACAACUGAUAUUCAAAUUUUGGUUGACCAUCAGAAAUACUUUAGUUAAGUAUUGUAAACAAUAAAAAUGGAAAAAUAUAAUUUGAAAAUUUUCAGCUCAAAUCAUGUCCAUGCCCCUUUAAUAUUCAUCUGUCGCCUUUCAAAAACUUGUUCCCUUGCUUUUAUCGGUCACCAGUGUCACAAACAGGCAUCCACUGUUUUCCAAUUUAAAUAAUUUUGUACUUUAAUUUUAGUUCACUGGACAUUGUCCAAAUGACCUUGUGUUAGGAAGUGACCUUAUUUUGAAAUUAGACUAGGUCCUCUCUAAAACACCGCACACAAUUCAUAACAAAGCCAGUCUGGUUUUCCUUCACAUUUAUUGUAGAAUAAAAUGGUCUAGCCACUUGUAUAGCACCAUAAAAGCUCCGUCAAGAGAUGUACUUUAAGAAUACAAAUUUUGGUAUGAAUUUGAAAUUACCCAGAGUUUUAGACAGCAACUGUCUUCCAUUUAAAGCAAAAUAAAGUUCCAUUCUUUUCUUUGCCCAAAACUAUAGCUAUUGUUUUGUCAGUCUGCCUGAAUUCACAGAUACCUGUAAAUUAGCAUACUUCUAAUACACAUUUAAAGAUCAAAGGACUUGGAACUUAAAUUUUGGUUUUUAAACAUCAAAAAAAAAAAUGGGUGCAUACACAAUGUAUGAAGUAAUGAAUGAAAUAUAUAUCCACGACAAUGUUGUAAUCCUAAAGAAAUUUAAAACAGACAAAGUAUCAGAGAUCUCCAUUCAUUACAUAAAAAAAUCCUUUCGUACAUCAGAUAAAAGGAAUGUUGAUUUGAAUUUGGUCCCAAACCAAUUCAUUUAAGGAACAAAAAAUUCACCUGUACAGCAGCUUUUAUUUGACACGCAUAGUUAACCUGAAACAAAACAACUAUACCAAUUUUGACCUUAAAAAAAUGGAUUCAAAAGUUUUAUCACCACCAUAGUUGUUCGCAUAUAUUUUGUUUUAAAAUUUGACAUCAAGCAUGAAAUAAAACAUUUCUCUAACAUCCCAUACAUUCUAGUUUGCAAAAGGUUUCAAGAUUGCAUGACAUUUUCAGUUUUACAGAAACACCACAGAAGAGAACUUUCACAUACAAAAUAUGAAUUUCAAAUUAUAUCGUACUCUUUUGCAAAAAGCACUGGCAUACACAUAUUUAAAUAACAAUUCCUAAAAAAAAAAAAAAAAAGUAUAUAUACACCUCAUAAACAAUUGGAAUAAGAAAUACAAGCUAA